UGCAGUGCGUCACCGCGGACCCCGCCCUUUCCUCCCUCCUAACUUUGGUCUGGUCAACUUUCUGUUUUGCAGUGAUUUGAUUGCUCGAUCUCAGCUAUGUGAUUUGGUUCGGACACACCUCACCCUGCACCACCACCGACCGUCCGCUUCAUCUUCGUCCGGCAAAAAGACUAACUCAUCCAGCUUUGUGUCUAGCGGUGUCGCCGUCUCUCUCUGUCGGGCGGUUGGAAGAUGUCCGCUGGCUUCUCCGGGCCACAGCCAGUUUAGGAAGAUCUUUUUUCCCACGGAGCCUCAUCAGGAAAACACCGACGCGUUUUUUUGUUGUUGUCGUGUUUAGGCCGUUGUCAGCAAGAGGCAGCUGUCAUACUCUGAAGCCAUCUCUGUUUUUGUUAACACGGAGCUGUAUGGCUGUGAGACGGUGUCCGAGACCGUUGGUGCGAAGUUAACAGGCUAUGUGUGCCGUGCCAGGCCAAGGCGAGGACGGACAGGAGAUGCCUUCAGGCUAGCAUCGCUAACGUUAUUUGGACCGCAGCUAGGUCGCAAAACACAGAUUAAUUAGCACGUUAGUCAGUCGUCAAUGCAUCACUUGGUGUCUUUUGUUUGUUUUUAACACACUCCACGGCUUGUAGUCUUUGUUACUGAGAAACAAGGGGAAACAGAAGAUGCCGAAGAAGCGUUAACUUUGUUAGCUAAUUGUUAAAAACAUUAAAGUUAUCUCGCGACGUUGAGUUUAGCUAGCUGUGCACCAUUAACAAAAACCAAAUGCCUAGCCCUUACUCACAGGCACAAGAGACUGUAGAGACUGUAGAGACUGUUGUCUGUCCAACACUAACACACUAAUGUUAAUGAUAUGUUAAAGCGGGCAACAGGUGAGUGAAUUAUAAAGCUCAUCCUAUAGUAGGUGGGUGGACAAACAUGAUUAUUAACUAACUAGCAGGCUAAGAAAAAAGGUGUGGUAACUGAUUGAUUUGAGCCUCUCAACUAAGACGUCCAGUUUCAGUGUUUGGCACCUGCUUGACCCUGUAAACAACAACUCCAUCUGCACAUCAUGGAGGGAAUUGUACAACAACAACAACAACAACAACAGAAAACAACUCCUUUAGCUCGGGAGCUCGGGAAAAUAUUUAGCAGCUACAACAAACACUCCGUGCAGCUGAAGAAGAACCUGAAAGAAACCAAUGCAUUCUUCCGGGAAAUAAGGCAGAACUACAGCAAUGCUUGUGCAUCAACCAUGAGCUCGGAUUCAGCUUCUCUGGAGGCAGGCCAGCUCAGCUGCAUCUCUUUCCCUAGCCACGAGGAAGAGUUCCUACGCAGCACAGUGGGCGCUGCCCCGUACAUCCUGGUACUGGGCCAGGACUGUGCUGCCCGCUAUCAGCUGCUCAACUGUAUUCUGGGGGAGAGGCUGCUGCCGCUGGGUCCUGAGGCCGGCGAGGCUUGUGAAGGAGUCCAGGGCACUGUCUGCAAGAGGCGGAAGCUUUGUUUCACCCAUGGGAGACAGACACGGCUCAGUUUGGCUCUGCCUGGCCAGUAUGAGCUGGUGCACCAGUUGGCGGCUAACUGUGGCCGCUGGGACACGGUGCCACGGGAGGACCUGGAGAUCCAUGAGGAAUGUGAGGACCCGGCGCACAGGCUGGCAGAGCUGGAGAUCACCCUGCAUCAUCCACUGCUGCAGGAAGCAAAGGUCAUGGUGAUGCCCUGUCCGAGUGUCCAGCCCAUAGAAGAGGCCCUGGAGGACUGCACUCGCAAUGUGAUCCCUGUUAUACUGUAUGCCAUCAACCAGGACUCCCUAAGUACAGAUCAGGUGGCUGAGCUCUGGAAGGUCAAGGAGCUGCUCUCCUUCCCCAUCUGUUUUGUUCGUAUCCCCAGCACCGUGCCAGCAGCCUCCCCAGAACCUGGCCGCCGUGCGGAGAAGGAAAAAGAGAGGGAGAAGAGCGCCCUCCACAAGCAGCUGCUGUCGCUCAGUUUCCUCAGCAGCCCAACAGGAAACUGCUCCUGUGGCGCCCCCACGCAGGCGCCUGUCCCAGGUGCCAAGCCCCAGAGCAUGCUGGGUGAGGCUUUUGAAAGACUGCAUCGGUUGCUGGUGCCUUUUGCUCGCCAAGUGCUUCAAAACCAGCAGGUGGAGGCUGCCAACCUGCUUAAUGGGCUACACUGUCGCUGUCUAGAUCUUUUCAUCAACCAGGCCUUUGACAUGCAGCGGGACCUGCAGAUAACACCCCGCAGGCUAGAAUACACUCGUGAGAAAGAGGGCGAACUGUUCACCUCCCUCAUGGCCAUCGCUAACCGCAAACAGGAAGAGAUGAAGGAGAUGAUCGUGGAGACGCUCAGCAGCAUGAAAGAGCAGCUGCUUGAGGACGCUGCCAACCUGGAGUUUACAGACAUCAUCGUAACAACUAAUGGGGAGCCCGUUACGUCAAAGGAGAUCAAAUCUUGCAUCCACCAGAUCCAGGAGCUGAUAGUGGUCCGACUGAAUCAGGCCGUGGCAAAUAAGCUGAUCAGCUCUGUGGACUAUUUGAGGGAGAGCUUUGUAGGAACUCUGGAGCGGUGCCUCAACAGUCUGGAGAAGUCGAACAUCGAAUCUUCAGUUCACAAUAUCACUUCAAAUCACCUCAAACAGUUAUUAAAUGCUGCCUAUCAUGUGGAGGUCACCUUUCACUCAGGAUCUUCUGUCACACGACUCGUCUGGGAGCAAAUCAAACAAAUAAUCCACAGGAUAACAUUUGUCAACCCUCCUGCCAUCACUCCAGAGUGGAAGCGGAAAGUGGCCCAGGACGCCAUAGAAAGUCUCAGUGCUGCCAAACUGGCUCGAAGCAUCUGCUCCCAGUUCAGGACCCGCCUCAACAGCUCCCAUGAGGCCUUUGCUGCGUCUCUGCGCCAGCUGGAGGAAGGGCACACAGGGCGUCUGGAGCGCACUGAGGACCUGUGGCUGCGUGUGAGGAAGGACCACGCCCCUCGGCUGGCCCGCCUGUCUUUGGAGAGCCGCUCCCUCAGGGAUGUGCUGCUGCAUGGCAAGCCAAAGCUUGGGCGAGAAUUGGGUCGGGGUCAGUAUGGAGUUGUGUACCUGUGUGACAGCUGGGGAGGGCACUACCCGUGUGCCUUAAAGUCUGUGGUACCGCCUGAUGACAAACACUGGAACGACCUGGCUUUAGAGUUUCACUACACAAGGUCCCUGCCCAAGCACGAGCGGCUUGUCGACCUGCACGGCUCUGUGAUUGAUCACACCUACGGAAGUGGCUCCAGCAUUGCUGUGCUGCUCAUCAUGGAGCGGCUGCACAGAGACCUCUAUACAGGCCUGAAGGCUGGUUUAUCGCUGAGGGAGAGACUUCAGAUUGCACUGGAUGUGGUGGAGGGCAUCCGCUUCCUGCACGGUCAGGGUCUCCUGCACAGAGACAUAAAGCUAAAAAAUGUUCUCUUGGACAAACAAAAUCGUGCAAAGAUCACUGACCUUGGUUUCUGUAAACCAGAGGCCAUGAUGUCUGGUAGCAUCGUAGGAACUCCCAUCCACAUGGCCCCAGAGCUGUUCACAGGAAAGUAUGAUAACUCUGUUGAUGUCUACGCCUUCGGCAUCCUUUUCUGGUACCUCUGCACUGGUUCAGUAAAACUCCCAGAGGCAUUUGAGAAAUGCUCCAGCAAGGACCAGCUCUGGAACAAUGUUAAAAAAGGUGCCAGACCAGAGCGGCUGCCCAGUUUCGACGAGGAGUGCUGGCAGCUGAUGGAGGCCUGCUGGAACGGGGACCCCUCCCAGAGGCCCCUGCUCGGUAUUGUGGAGCCCAGCCUGCAAAGCAUCAUGGUCAGGCUCUGCAACUGCGGCUCCGAACAGAAAAGCAGCAGCCUCGAGGACUCAAACUGAAAAACACUCCAGACAAACUAACACACAAAGUAUUUUUGUUGUAUUUAUGAAGAGCUGAACAGAGAACUUCUAAAGAACAAGAGACAGAUGAAAAAAAAUGUCCACCAUGUUCACAGUUGUUGGAUUCACUUUAUUUAUGAGGAGUUGAUACAGACCAGAAGUUUGCAAAUGUGUGUUUUAUUGUUUGUCCUGUGUGUAUUUGUAUACAAACUCCACAAUAUGCUUCUGUCGUAGCUGCCGUGCUAAUUGCUACUUGGUCAUAGGAUUGUAACUAGAUGCAAAUUGUUUUAAAAAGUAGUCCAUUCCCAGUAUUAUGAAAAAAUAUGAAUAUAUAAAAGAUUAAUUUUAGAUUGUAUUUAAACUGAACAUUUCUGCAUCUAUACAAAUACAUCUUUUUUUAAUAAAAUGAUCUGUUACAACAAAUGAUAUAAGCUAUUGUUGGGUUAUUACUUUCUCUGAGGUAAGAAAGUUUUAACAGUAUUUUUUAAAUCGGUGAAGCCAUAAAAAGAAACUGUCUAGUUGCACCUUUUCAUCACUGGUUGCAAACACAUGCCCACAGAUUGUGACCAGUUCAACCAGUGAGUGAUGUCUUUCUACCUUUAUGUGAAUAAUGUUUAAAGGGCUGCACUGAUAUAAUCUUUAAUUCACAAGUGAAAAAACAUCAGAAUAAAGAGGAAAAAUAAACCAUUUUUGUGUUGCA